CACUCUCUCUCUCUCCCUCCCUCCCUCCCUCUCAGCUAGCGUCUCUCUCUCAAAUACUACUGCCCACCCAUGCGCCUUGCCCUCCUCCUUUGAUGAGGCCAAUGGCCAGCAAUGGCAUGGCGUCCUCACCCUCGCCCUUCUUCCCUCCAAACUUCCUCCUCCAAAUGCAGCAGACACCCUCCGAUCAUGACCCCCAAGAACAGCAACACCAUCACCACCACCACCACCACCAUGAGCACCACCUCCCUGCUCCUCCCCUUCAUCCUCACCACAACCCCUUCCUCCCGUCCUCUCAAUGCCCCUCCCUGCAAGACUUCCGAGGUAUGGCGCCAAUGCUGGGGAAGCGUCCGAUGUACGGCGCGGACGUCGUCGCCGGAGGAGGCGACGAGGUGAACGGCUGCGGCGGCGGCGGCGGCGCGAACGAGGACGAGCUGUCGGACGACGGCUCCCAGGCCGGGGAGAAGAAGCGGCGGCUGAACGUGGAGCAGGUGCGGACGCUGGAGAAGAACUUCGAGCUCGGGAACAAGCUGGAGCCGGAGCGGAAGCUGCAGCUGGCGCGUGCCCUUGGCCUGCAGCCGCGGCAGGUGGCCAUCUGGUUCCAGAACCGGCGCGCGCGGUGGAAGACGAAGCAGCUGGAGAAGGACUACGACGCGCUCAAGCGCCAGCUCGACGCCGUCAAGGCCGACAACGACGCCCUCCUCUCCCACAACAAGAAGCUCCAGGCCGAGAUACUGGCGCUGAAGGGAGGCAGGGAGGCAGGGUCGUCGGAGCUGAUCAACCUCAACAAGGAGACGGAGGCGUCCUGCAGCAACCGCAGCGAGAACAGCUCCGAGAUCAACCUCGACAUCUCGCGCACGCCGCCGUCCGAGGGCCCCAUGGACCCUCCGCCGCCGCACCAGCACCCGCACCAGCACCACCACGCCGCCGGUGGCGGCUUGAUCCCUUUCUACCCUUCCGUCGGCGGCGGCCGCCCUGCUGCUGCUGCUGGCGUGGACAUCGACCAGCUCGUCCUGCACACCUCCAUCACCCCAAAGCUGGAGCCGCUCGGCAACGGCGCCGCUGUCCAGGCCGCGGAAACCGCCAGCUUCGGCAACCUCCUGUGCGGCGUCGACGAGCCGCCGCCGUUCUGGCCGUGGGCCGACCACCAGCACUUCCAUUGAUCAUCGUCUCCUCAUCUCCAUCGUCACAAACAAUAAUAUAAUGAUUCACAAUGGCAUAUUGCAUUGCGAUGGCGAUCAACAAUAUAGUGAGGAGAAAUAGUGGAGGAAACCACCAAUUUGGAUUAAUUCUUGGCGAGUGCAGAAGGGAAGGAGGAAGCCAGGCUGUGCAUGAUCUGAUCGACCGCGAGGUAUCUGCGAGAUUAUGCGAUUUAUAUUUGGAAAUGGAGUAGUUGAUCAUGGUGGGAAGCAAGGGGUUGUAAUUAAGGGGAAUAAGCGAAGAGGUGGUGUAAUUUAAUUAGGUAGGUUUUGGUUUGAGUUUUGAUAGUAUCUUUAUUUUUGCGCCUUCAUUUUUUUUUUGUCUUUGCGUUUUUCUUUUCUUUUAUUUUUGUUGACACAUAUAUAAAUUUGUGAAUUGUGAGUUGUAUAGGUGCAUGGUUUUUAAAAAAUUGCCUGGAUCAAGAGCAGUACAUCUCUCUC